AUGUCUGAAUGCGACUACGAUAUUAUUAUCUUGACAGAGACCGGACUCGACGACCGCAUCAACUCAAUGCAACUGUUUGGAUCUUCAUAUAACGUUUUCCGUUGUGAUCGCAAUAGUUUUAAUAGUGGUAAAAGAAGCUUUGGUGGAGUUUUGAUUGCUGUUGCGAAUGAACACAGCAGCUCAAUUGCUGAAACAAUGAAUGGUCGUUGCUUGGAGCAAGUGUGCGUGCGUGUCUCAAUUCGUGGUUUAAAACUGUUAAUAUGUGUUGUGUACAUCCCUCCUGACAAAAGCCAGCUGGUUAAUGUGAUCGAUUCGCAUAUUGCCUCAAUUGCGGAGCUAUGUAGUAAUAGUGAGAACCCAGUGAACGAUGAAGUAGUUCUGAUUUGUGGCGAUUAUAACCAGCCACGCAUAGUUUGGGACAACAGUGACGACGGUAUGAUGUAUAACAGUUCAUCUCAACUUUCUGCUGCUGCUUCAGCGUUAAUCGAUGGUAUGAACUACUUGAAUCUCCGCCAAGCAAAUAAUGAGCGCAACCAUCUGGGCCGUACACUGGACUUGGUCUUUUGUUCCCCCGAUCGAGAAUUUGUUGCUGAUGUUUGCGUCGCUCCUCUUGUUUUGCCCCUCGAUCCCCAUCACCCGGCGUUAACAAUUUCGUUGCCCGCUAAAUGCAAUAUUACCUCUCGUCCUGCUGCGCGCCGCACAUUGCCUGAAUCUAGAGUGCUAAAUUACCGUAAACUAGACUUUACUGCUUUUACUGACUACCUGACGAGCCUAAAUUGGACCAUUCUACAAGAGCAAGAUAACGUUGACGAUAUGGCUGCGAUAUUUUGCGAUACCAUGUACCAGUGGUUAAGUUCGAAUUUGCCACUGGUUAAGGCACCCGCUUCCCCUCCCUGGUCCACCCAGCAUUUACGUGCGCUAAAACGAGAACGUAAUUGUUGGCAGCGUAGAUAUCGUCGUUGGAAAACCUGUGAAACGAAACGCAACUUUAAACUAUCGAGUGAUGAAUACCGCCGAAUGAAUGCCGCUUUGUACAAACGCUACAUUAUGCGGAUUCAAAUUGAUCUUCGCCUGAAACCAAGAAACUUCUGGAAUUUCGUCAACUCAAAAAGAAAACGUACUUCAAUCCCCAAAAAUGUUUACUACGACGGAACUGAGUCAAAAUCAAACUCUGACUCUUGUGAAUUAUUCGCGAAUUAUUUUGCUUCUGUUUUUGCUGGUGAUACUGCAUCUGCACUUGAGGCUGUUGAAGCUGCAGUACCUGUUCCGGCAAACUUAGUUGAUUUGAGUACGUUUGACAUCACUACUGAUAUGAUUGUGGCUGCUGCAAAGAAGCUGAAACGCUCGUUCUCUGCUGGACCUGAUGGUAUCCCGGCGGUCAAUUUCCUGAAAUUUGGAAACAAUCCUUCAUGUUUCCGGUAUUCAAAAGUGGAGAUCGUCGGAACGUGA